ACCAAAUAGAGGAGAUGAUAAUCGAGGAGUUAAUUAACGAUAUGAAUGAGGAAAUCGAUAACGUUCAAGAACUCAAAGAGAUCGUCGGAACGCCGAACGGUAGCCAACAACAACAGCGACCGUUGACAACCGUUGCAAGCAACGAAGAAGUCGCAAUUGAAGCCGAAUUGCCUUCGAUUUUAAGCGACGAUAGCUCGGUGGAAGAGUUACUGCCGCCACCCUAUUGCGAGGUGCAAAUCGUCGAAGAGAUCAAGAAAACGGAGCUUCAUAAGAUCGAGGACAAUUAUACGAGAGAGAAUUCUUAUAGAACGGACGACGAAGCGAUGAAAGCUAUGGGAAGUCAACGACACGACUGUUUAAUCAAUGCGAUAACAGAUGAGACGAUAGCCAAUGAUACGAACGGUGAUAUACUUGACAUUCCGCCACCGGUCAUCCCCCCUUUCGAAGAGAGCGAGGAAUUGGAGAAGUCGGAGGGUAAUACGACCGAGCAGAGCUUUCCGACACCUCCGCCCAUCGAUUUCGAUAUCGAAGAGCCGGAAUGGAAAGAGCAGGCGACACCGCCGCCCGACUUCCGAGAAGCCGAGAAUCUCGCCUCUAUGCUGAAUCGCCGCGAGUCGAAACCAACGUCACCGGGUAGCAAGAGCUUGCCGAGCCCUCCGAGUCCGCCCUCGUCAGCUAGUGAAACGGGUAACGAGACCGAAGCCGAGUCGAAGAGCAGCGGCGACGAGCAGACGGCGAAGAUCGUGCCCUGCGGAGUCUUGACUACCAGCACCGAGCGCGCCGUUCUCGGCGUCCAAGACGAGGACGGCGACGACUCGUUCUUCGAGGCCUCGGCCCUCGAAAACGAUCCCGAGAUCCACAAGGACAUACCACCACGUCCAGUGCCGCCGGUCCCGAGGUGGCUGUCCCAGGAGGAAGACGAGCCGGAGAACAACGAAGGUUUCGGCGGCAUGCAGGAGCCUCCAGCAACUCCGGUGGCCCGCGACGAGCUCGCCCUCCGUCGGCACAGGUUCUUCUCGGACCUGCUGCAGGCGGCGCGCAGCACAGCCGAACACCGCGUCAGCUUCGACCCUCUGGGACCGCUGGUGCAUCCCGGCUGUGAGCACGACGAGCGCGAGGAGCACCUGGAGGAGCUUGUUAAUCGGCUCGAGAGCGUGACUAAGCGUCUGGAGCAAGUGUCGACGUCAGCGCCGAUUGUGCAGACCCAGGAGAUCGCCGUUCAGACAAAGUCGCCCUCGCCCGAGCGCUCGCUAUCUCUCACCGAAGAGUCCUCCCAGUCGUCGUCGAGCUCCCGCGAGUCCACUGUCUCUGGCGCGUCCGUCGUCGAGGUUGUCAAGAACAUGUCGAUCGCUGCGUACGAGGACUUCCUGGCUGGUGCCCUCCAGGACUACAUACAGUUCAGCUUGCAAAUUGGGGCCGAAGUCGCCAGCCAUUGCAAGCUCGUUCAAAAAGCCUUCGAGAUUCAGCUGCUGUUUCUCAAGACGGCGACGACGCGCUCAGCCCCAAAUCAAUCGGAGCAGAUGACACUUCUCGGGCCCACUUCCGCGCAUAUCCAGAAGGUGCAGGAUUUCCGCGAAAGUCACAGGGGCUCGCAGUUUUUCAAUCACCUGUCGGCUGUCAGCGAGAGCAUAAGCGCACUCGGAUGGGUGCUCAUUGCGCGAACCCCGGUCCCCUACAUCAAGGAGAUGAGCAACGCGGGCCAAUUCUACACCAACCGCGUACUCAAAGACUGGAAAGAGAAGGAUAAAUUACACGUAGAAUGGUGCAAGGCUUGGGUGAAAACUUUAACGGAUCUUCAGCAGUUCGUGCGAGAACAUCAUACGACCGGUUUGGUCUGGGCUGAAAAUGGUUCUGUGCCCCCACCCCCGCCACCUCUUACAAUGCCACCCUCUGCUGUUGCACCACCAACUAAUGACGAUAGAAGUGCACUAUUUGCUGAAAUUAAUCAGGGCGAGAAUAUCACAAAAAAUUUAAAAAAAGUCACUUCAGACAUGCAAACGCAUAAGAACACUAGUUUAAGAACGGGACCAGCUCCAUUCAAAGCUCCAGUCGUAAGUAAUAAUUCAUCAUCACCGGUCAAGACGACACCCCCAGCUAACGCCCCAAUUAAUAAACCACCGGUUUUCUGUCGGGAUGGCAAAAAAUGGCUAGUCGAAUACCAUGUAGGAAAUAAGUCAAUCGUCAUUGAUAAUGCUGAAAUGAAUAACGUCGUCUACAUUUUCCGUUGUCAAGACAGUUCGGUAGAGAUCAAAGGCAAAGUAAACUCCGUCGUUAUGGAUUGCUGUCGUAAAUCUGCGGUUGUCGUUGACUCGGUGGUGGCGAGCAUCGAAUUCGUGAAUUGUGAAAGUGUCAAGAUGCAGGUAUUGGGAAAAGUACCAACAAUUUCUAUUGACAAGACCGAUGGAUGUCAAAUGUAUCUUAAUAAGGAUACACUGGAUGUCGAACUGAUUACAAGCAAAUCCAGUGAAAUGAACGUCAUGGUGCCGUCGGAAAACGAAGAUUACGUGGAAUACCCAGUACCAGAGCAAUUUAAAACAGUUAUUACUAAUAAGGGACUUAGUACAGUUGCCGUUGACUCUCUCGGAUAAAUGCGAAUAAUUUAUUAGUUAAACGAAAAAUAU